AUGAGUUAUCCAUUAGUAUGUUUAGGUAAUCCGUUAUUGGAUUUACAAACCGAAGCAGAUGCAGCUUACUUGAAGAAGUACGAUCUUAAAGAGAACGAUGCGAUCUUAGCAGAAGAAAAACACUUCCCAAUCUACGAAGAGGUUCUUAAAAAGCCAAACUUGCACAUUGUAGCAGGAGGAGCAGCUCAGAACACGGCAAGGGGUGCACAGUACAUCUUGCCACCUCACUCUGUAGUCUAUUUUGGUGCAGUUGGAAAAGAUGUCUAUGCUGACAAGUUAAUUGAAGCUAACAAGCAAUAUGGUUUGAGAACUGAGUACCAAGUUCUCGAUGAUGUUUCUACCGGAAAAUGUGCUGUAUUACUCAAUGGGCCUCACAGAUCCUUGGUAACUGAUUUGGGAGCUGCAAACCAUUUCAAAGCUGCGCAUUUAGACAAACCAGAAAACUGGAAGCUUGUCGAAAAUGCAAAAUUCUUCUACAUUGGAGGUUAUCAUUUGACUGUUAGUCCAGAAGCUAUUGCAAAGUUAGGAAAGCAUGCAGCUGAACAUAACAAAGUCUUUGCAUUGAACAUUUCUGCUCCAUUCAUUGCUCAAUUCUUCAAGGACCCUCUUGAUGCUUCUCUCCCUUAUGUUGAUUUUGUCAUCGCCAACGAGUCGGAGGCUGCUGCUUAUGCUGAAUCCCACGAUUUGAAAGAUAAGUCAGAUGAUGUGGUAGCUAUUGCUAAAGAAAUCGCCAAGUUACCUAAGGUUAAUAAAAAGAGAUCGAGAACUGUCAUCUUUACUCAAGGUACUCUCCCAACUGUUACCGUUACUUACAAUGAGACGUCUAAAGACUUUGAAGUACAUGAAUAUAAAGUGAAGGAAUUAGCUCCAGAAAAGCUCAAAGAUACCAAUGGUGCCGGUGAUGCGUUUGCAGCUGGUUUCAUUGCCUCGUUAGUGAAAGGAAGCUCUAUUCCUGAAGCUGUAAGUGUGGGCCAAUGGGCUGCUGCUUUGUCAAUACAAGAAGACGGUCCUACAUUCCCUUUCCCUAAGCAGACUUAUUCUUCUUAG